UUUCAGCAACAAUUAUAAGCACGCACGACCAGCAGACCCUUGGCAACAUGCUGCUAAAGCUUGGAAACAUGUUGCUAGCGCUAGCUAAUAUCUUCGCCUUGGCCUCGGCCUUGGCAGCCACACAGCCAAAUCCAUCAGCCGAGUUCAGAGAGUGCACCAGCAUAGAUAUACGCAACGAAUGCAGCAAAAUGAAACUAUUGGAUAACUGCACAGUGGUCAUUGGCUAUGUAAUGAUCACACUGCUGCCCAGUCACAAUUGCAACUUUACGGCGUAUUCGUUUCCCAAAUUACGCGAAAUCACGGACUUUAUGAUAUUCACCGAGGUAAAGGACUUGACCAACAUCCGUGAUAUGUUUCCCAAUCUCACUGUAAUACGCGGCCGAAAACUCUUUCUUAAUUAUGCUCUGGGCAUUAGCAGUAUGCCCGAUUUAGAACUGUUGGAAUUCAAAUCUCUAGUUGCCAUACAACGUGGACACGUCUACAUCGGCAACUGCCCCAAGCUCUGCCAGCUGAAUAGGGUCAAUUGGGAUCGACUCACUCUGAGUGCUGGGGAGAAUCAUAUUGUCAGUGGAUCCAACAACUGUACGCAUCGUGCUAACUGCAAAGGUUGCGCCUCCAACUAUUGUUGGUCGAAUUUCACCUGCCAACGCUUCGAAAACGAUAAUGUGGUACAUUAUGAUCGAAAUUUGCAGAGCUGCCAUGAGGACUGCCUGGGCGGCUGUCACAAUGCAACAGCCGCAGGCUGCGUGGUCUGCCGAGGACUAACGGAUGCGGGUGUCUGUGUGAAGCGUUGCCCGCCAAACAAGUAUGUGCUGGAGCAUUAUCAACGCUGUUACACCCGCGACGAAUGCAUCCGUAUUCAUGGCCAUUACACGUUUGGCUACAAGUGCGUCGCAUUCUGUCCCAGCGGCUACAAGGCCAAUGCCGCAUCACAAUGCGUACGCUGUGCGCCGCUGGAGGCAUGCAUUAGCGUCUGUUCGCCGGAGCAUAUGGAUGGAAUGAUUGUCAUCUACAAUCUGGCCGAUGCCGAGGAAUUGCGCGGUUGCCAAAUUGUUAACAGCAGCCUCAUCAUCACCAUACGCAACAAGGUCAACGAGGAGCAGCUGGAGCAGAGUUUCAGCAGUCUACGCGAAAUACGUGGACAUUUGAAGAUCUAUCGUGCCUCCCAGCUGAGCAGCUUAAAAUUUCUGAGCAACCUGCGCCGCAUACACGGCGAUCCGCUCGAGAAUCGCCAUUUCGCCUUCGUGCUGUAUGACAACAAGCAGCUCACCGAACUGUGGGAGCCAACCAAGCAGCUGGAGUUUAUUACCGGCGGCAUGUACAUGGAUCGCAAUAAUAAGCUGUGCAACAGGCAUAUCAGAGAGUUUCAGGAUCGCGUCAUACACGACAAGGUGAUGGACAAGCUACAGACCAGCGAUCAGGAGGUGCUUUGCGGUCCAGCCAAGCUGCAGUUGAUCGUGCAGCCCACAUCGCAUCGCACAGUGCAACUCAGCUGGCUGAAAUCUCAAAUGAGCGUGGAGCUGGAGCUGAUUUAUAGAACCGUGCCGUUGGGCACAAAAUACGCCGAGCAGAGCGAACUGGAGGCGCCAGUCUGCACGCGCAUCAACUGGCAGAGACUAUUGCUCUUUGCGGACGAUCUUCAAGAUAAUGGCACCCACUACAGCUAUCAGCUGGAUCAGCUUCGUCCGCAUACGCGCUACGCCUGCUUGUUGCGUACCUUUGGAGGCGAUGCGCAGCACGAUGCACGGAGCGAUUUGAUGUACGUGGAAACGCACAUGGAUAUACCGAAGCCUCCUUCACUGGCCGUAAACAAAAAGACGGACAAUACGCUAACGCUGCGCUUGAAUGGGAAGGAGCUGGAGUACUAUAUGUUAACCGUGCACGAGCUGGCAGACGAUGUCGCCUACAUGGAUGAGCGCAAUUUUUGCCGGCAACCGGCGACCAGGCAGGACAUGGAAGCAGUGCGAUGGCGCCAGGAACAAGAUGACUACGAUGCAUGCUGUGCCCGACAGGCAAAUCAAGCGCUCGAUCAGGAUUUCAUUAGCCAAAUGGCUGACAUGUAUCGCUGCAGUCUGGAUGAGGCUGACAACUGCACGCCCGUGGGGGCAAAGUCGGGAAAACAGCUGCGCCUGGAUGCCAAUGUGACGGCCUAUGAGCUGCGCCAGCUGGAGCGUUAUCGCUUAUACUCGUUGCAAUUGCAGGCUUGCAAUAUGCUCGGCUGCAGCAGCUCCACGACGGUGCACGAGCGCACAAAUUUCACAAUCGGCGCAGAUUUGCCGCUGAUAAUGGCAUGCCGUCUCCCCAAGACAAUGGACUACAUUGUGCGCUUUGCAGAGCCAGAUCAACCGAAUGGAUUGAUUGUUAACUACGUGCUGCACUAUCGCAGCAAUGUGUCCGAGCAGGUGGCCGAAACGCAUCUGAGCUGUAUAACGCGACGUCAGCAUGCCCUGGCGAAUUACGUGCAUAAGAGCUCAUUGAACGGCACCUACAACGAGUGUGCCGUGCGCGUUCAUUCGCUAGCUGGAGAUGUCAUCACAAACUAUGUGGCAAUUACGUGGUGCGACGCGGAGCAAAGCAAGAUGCCGCCAACGAUAGCGCCGGAGAUUCCUAAUGAAGGUCUACAGCCAGCUAAGACAAAGGAACAUGCGCAGGAGGGGAAGGAAGAGAUUCAUUCGCAUGUCCGUGGUGUAAGCAUAUUUCUGUUAUGUUUCUUCUUUGGAUGCGGAUUAUCGCUGGUUUGGCUGCUCUAUAAGCGGCGCUGUUGGCGCAAGUGGCCGGGACUGCGUCGAUAUGUGCCAGUGCGGGAGCAAUGGUUGCGUGAGCGCCAACAGACCGAGGAUCGUGAGAUACUCGUGGAUGGCUUUGAGACGGUGCGUUUUCAGAACAACAACAAUAACAACAAUAGCAGUAGCAGCAUUGGUAAUAAUGAGUAUUAAUGUAAAUUAACAUUAAUAUGA